UGUCGAAGGAGUUAUUUAUAGCAAUUGGGUGUUUAUGUAAUAUCAUAAUAUGUGUGUGUGCGGAUAAAUUGAAAAUCUCUUUGUGGUGUAUUUUCCGACGACUUCUAGUGUAUGGUCCAAGGCGACGACAGUGUGUGUUGCACAAAUCAUCUCAAGGGAUUGUAUGACCUUCCAAGGAAACAUAUGACUCUUGCACCAAGUAAUCUUCUUUUGAGGUUUUCGGAAGUUUGCUGUCCAUGCCAUUCACAAACAGAUCAAGAAAGAGAAGACUUUUUUGAUGUGACAAUGGAUGCUAGUCAAGAAGUUCCUAUGAGCCAACGAUUCCAGGCGAGUAUGGUUCUCAGUGGAGUAGGAGAUGCCCUAGGCUAUUAUCAUGGACGAUGGGAGUUUUGUAACAGUGGCAAAACCAUUCAUAAAGAACUAGAACAACUCGGUGGCCUAAAGAAGAUUGUUGUGGCAUUACCAAAAUGGAACGUUAGCGAUGACACCGUUAUGCACCUGGCAACAGCCGAGGCAUUGGCUGAGUGGGGCUGUGAGAGUCCUGACAAUGACAAGACACGUCUGUUUGAGCUGCUGGCACGGAAAUAUAUCUCUUGUAUGAAUGACAUGAACGGGCGUGCACCAGGCAUGACAUGUGUGAAUUCAACAAGAUUGCUGUCAUCAUCCUAUCAGAUACCUUUUAAUCCAAGGGGUGGAGGCUGUGGAGCUGCUAUGAGGGCCAUGUGUAUUGGUCUAAGAUUUCCAAGACCUGAGGACAUUGAUGAUUUGGUAGCUGUCGGUGUGGAGAGUGGCCGUAUGACCCACCAUCAUCCCACCGGUUUCCUUGGCUCCUUUGCUGCGGCCCUGUUUGUCUCCUACGCUAUACAAGGAAAACCUGUGAAAAGUUGGGGAGCAGCCAUGCUGAGUGAACUCCAUGUGUGUCAGGAGUACCUCAUGAAGUCUGGGCACUGUGUGGAGGAAAACAUCCGUACAAUGAACAAUGGCUAUUUCAGAGAUGCCUGGACAAAAUAUUUGCAGUUGCGUGGAAUAUUAGACGGCACUUCUGAGCCUACCUUCCCGAAUGUCUAUGGCGUGGCAGAAAGGGACGAUUUUGUCAAGUCUGUCAGUUUUGAUGGAUGGGGUGGAGCAAGUGGACAUGAUGCUCCAAUGAUUGCGUAUGAUGCUCUCCUUGGCUGUGGGAAUGACUGGGCAGAGUUAUGUAGCAGGUCCAUGUUUCACAGCGGGGAUAGUGACAGCACAGGCGUGAUAGCGGCCGCAUGCUAUGGAGCAAUGAACGGAUUUACUGGUGUUCCAGAAAACCUCUUCAGACAUUUGGAGUACCGAGAUCGGCUGUUAAAUGCUGGAAAAGCCCUGUACUUGUUAACUCAUACUGAUGGAGUCAUCACAUUGGCCGACAUUGAUAAGGGGGACCAACCGGAGUCUCCAGGUCCACCACCAGACACAGGGGACCUUGACCAGUUGAAGUCAAUGGUCAGUGAGGGUCAGGACCAAACUGUUGUUGAAUCAAGCGAGGAACCAGGUGCUGGUGCAAGUUCACUUUAGUGUCAGAUUCUCAGACAACAGAAGUGGCUGACUCUAGUCAAGAAUCUCAUGUUGCUACCUCCCAACUAUCAGAAUGUCAGAAAGAUGAUGGUAAAUCUUAGGCGAGAGCCCAAUGUUGCCAAGUGUAGUAAAGUUAAACAAUAGAUGUUGCCAACUCUAGCCUUGAACCCGAUAUUGCUAGCUCAAAUGUACAAGAAUUUUAAAAGAAAUAUAGUGUUGUUGAUUUCAGCAAGGAACCGGAUGUACAUACGAGUUAGCUCAUAAUGACCAAAUGUGGCGACGACUGGUUAGGAACUAGAUAUGACCACACAUAUUGUGCUAGCAUGUGAGAGUGACACUAGUAACAUUCUCCCAUAUCUGUUAUAUAAAAUAUUAUUCGAGUGUAUGGAAUCUACGAUAUAUAUAAGAAUCCUUACCCCCAAAUAACCCAUGAUGUCUAUGUAAGGACAAGCGUGUCCAUGACAAAACUAGACCAAAAGCGACUUCAGCCAAGAACAAGACGUUGCUACCUCAUGAGUGCUACCAUGAUUUGACAAAGCCAGCUCAUAAAGGUGCUAUCAUGUAUACUUUUAAUUUUUUAUAGUUGUGUUAUUCACAAGUUAGUAUAUAAAUAUUUAUGUUUACAUCUUUUUAUGUAUUUAUAUUUUACAUGAGAUUUACAAGGACCUAAAUUCUAUUGUAUCCCUUUAGAAUAUAUACUGCAGAUCCCUUGCAUUUCAUGAGAUGUUUUAAAUGUAUGUUUUUAUGAUUACACAUGGAGAGUUGCUAAUGUUAUUUAUAUGUCAUACAUUUAUUAAAUCACAUUUAAACCAGUGUUAUGUAUAACCUACCUGAUAUUGUUCCUUUAAUACAUGUACCGGUACUUGCAAAUAAUUUUUUUAAAGAACAACUAUAGAAAUAAUGUUAUAUAAUACAUGAUUUGCUGUUUAGUGUCUAUCCCAAAUAAAAUCUUCAUGAGUUUUAAUUGUCACGGUACAUAGAUUAUAAUGCCACUGGCCAAUCAACUUGUACAAUAAGCUUAGGCGGGUAUGCUUGAUUACUCUUUUCUGUCCAUUGUCUGUGAACGCAAUGGUUUCGGCUCUGCUACUAGGGUAUUUUUACAGCUGCACACAUAAAAUGUCAACAUGCAUAAGAUGGAUUUUGCCAACCAACAUUUCAGUCCCCUGAUUGGCUCCUUUCUAUAAAAAGAAUGCUGUGUAAAUAUGAAAAAGCAUACUUAAGCGUGACUGAACUUUCAGUACGUGCUGAAUCUGGACUGAAGUGAAGCUCCAUGCUGAAUCUGGGCUGAAGUGAAGCUCCGUGCUGAAUCUUGACUGAAGUGAAGCUCCGUGCUGAAUCUGGACUGAAAUGAAGCUCUGUGCUGAAUCUGGGCUGAAGUGAAGCUCUGUGCUGAAUCUGGGCUGAAGUGAAGCUCUGUGCUGAAUCUAGGCUGAAAUGAAGCUCCGUUUUGAAUCUGGAGUGAAGUGAAGCUCCAUGCUGAAUCUGGGCUGAAGUGAAGCUUCGUGCUGAAUCUGGGCUGAAGUGAAACUCUGUGCUGAAUCUGGGUUGAAGUGAAGCUCUGUGCUGAAUCUGGACUGAAGUGAAGCUCCAAAGUUACAAUUUCUUUCCAGGAGGAGAGGACUAUCAAUUCAAGCACCUAUGGUUUUACCUAACAAUUUACUUUGCACCUGCAUGAAAUUUUAUUGGAGAGGCAUGACCUGCGAACUUUUAUAUACAAUCUGAUUAAAGUCAUAUGUUACAUGGCUUCGUUAACUUCGUACUACGCCUGAACAUCUGAGUGUGCCGCGGUCAGCGUCACGU